CAUGAUGCCAGUAUAUCCUAAUCUAAUACCUCGACUAGUAGAUAGAACUCCAAGUUUACAAGACCAAAUUGUAAAAAUUAGAAACAAGUUACUUAGAACCCGACCUUAUAUGAAGAAAACACAGUUAGCCUAUACCUACUAUCUAG